GCAGCAGCAGCAGCGUGGGAAAGCCUUGUAGUUUGGGGAAUAGAUGAGUGUGAGCGGUGAUCGCCUACUGAUCUCCAUCAUCUCAUCCUCCAGCCUGGACUACUGUACACCCGCCACAUUGGACCAAUCGUCAUCCUUGGAAGUAACCCUGAGAAAGAAUGAAGAGACCGUGCGAUGACACCAGCUCUGACAGCGAUCUGGAUGAGACCAUUGAUGUGGGCAGUGAGAAUAAUUACUCCGGGCAUAGCAGCGGCUCAAUAAUUCGAUCAAACUCGCCGUCAACCACAUCACAGAUAAUGGCCAGGAAGAAACGGAGAGGGAUUAUAGAAAAACGCAGGCGAGAUCGUAUCAAUAACAGCCUGUCUGAAUUACGGCGGCUUGUGCCGACUGCUUUUGAGAAACAAGGAUCGGCCAAGUUGGAGAAAGCUGAGAUUCUCCAGAUGACAGUGGACCAUUUAAAGAUGCUGCAGGCUACAGGAGGUAAAGGUUACUUUGAUGCCCAUGCCCUGGCUAUGGACUUCAUGAGCAUUGGUUUUCGAGAGUGUUUAACAGAAGUUGCAAGAUAUCUCAGUUCUGUUGAAGGCAUGGACACCUCUGAUCCCCUUCGAGUGAGACUUGUUUCCCAUCUUAGUACCUGUGCCUCACAACGGGAAGCAGUAGCUAUGACAUCAUCAAUGACCCAACAUCAGCACUCCCUGCACCCUCACCAUUGGGCAACAGCUUUCCAUCAACUUCCUGCAGCUUUGCUGCAACAAAAUGGACUCUCUUCAUCUGACAGUAUUCCUUGCAGACUUUCCACAGCUACAGAGAUGCCACCACAACAUGGCUCUGCUCUUCUCACAGCCACAUUUGCUCAUGCAGAUGCUGCUCUUAGAGUGCCUUCAAUUGGUAGUGUUGCUUCCAGUGUUCCGCCUCUCUCUACCUCCUUGCUGUCACUUUCAGCUACAGUACAUGCUGCAGCUGCUGCUGCGGCACAGGGCUUCCCUCUGUCAUUUGCCGGCGCUUUCCCAAUACUUCCACCGGGGGCAGCGGCAGCUAUGGCAGCUUCUGCAACAGCCAUUUCUUCACCCUUGUCUUCCAUGUCCAGCCCGCGACAAGCUAGUGCCAGCGCAAAUAAUAAGCCAUAUCGACCAUGGGGGACUGAAGUAGGGGCAUUUUAACAAGCUGCUAUUCAAAAGACUGGUUUAAAUGAUGAACUAUCAUGUGCAGGAACAAUGUCCUUGGUUACAAUAAAAUAUUAUGUCUGAAGUAUGCAGAUGACCUGUAUGCAUAAUCAAAUUUUAUAUGUUGCUUCUAGAAGGUAAAUAUCAAAUGUAUCAUAACAUCUAAGGUGAAUUUAUGGAAUUUGUAGCCAAAGUCUGAUCUCUGUUUUAUUUUUCACUUGCAUAACAUGGGAUUAGCUGGUCAGUGUUACCCACCAUCGAGUAUUUGCAAAAAAAAUGAAAAAAAAAAUACUAUAAAAAUAAUGCUAAAGUAACAAAUCAUAUUUAUUUUUUCAAUUUAUUUGUGCAGAUUUGAGAGCAAAAGAAGAAACAUGAUUGGUUGCUGUUAUCAUCUGUUUUUGAUGCUGUUUUCAAAAAUGAGCCCAGUGAGUCAGGAGGAUAUAACUGGGCAUUUUGCUCUUUGCCAUUGACAGCAAAUUAAGUGGCACUGAGUUCCAGAUAUUUAUUCAGUUACUAUUUAAAGUGGAAGUAAACCCUCCUUUUGUUUUCAGCCAAGGAAGCUGCCAUCUUAGCCUCUGUUUACUCUGCAACUGCUAUGAUGAUGCACAUGUGAUCCUUUAUGACACCAGCCAUUGGAUGGUUUGACAGUUUGGUUGAGAGCACAAUACAUGUGAACAGCUAGCAUUCCGGCAUGCCGGGAAUGUUAACUGUUUUUUGAAACUAUCAAAUCGAAGGGUUUACUUCCGCUUUAAUCACUUCUGUUUUAUUGAAAGCAAGCACUUCAGUCUUUGGCAUCCAUUUGUACACCCCAAUCGAUUGCUGAUCUGUUAUAUUUAAGCGAUGUAUGGAAGGGUGGAAUUAAAAAAAAGCCAAGUGAUCAUUCAUUGGCGGUCACUUGGUUUCUAAUAAGGCUUUUUGUGUGAGCCUUCAGAAGGUUGAUUAUACUGAAACCAAACGUGUGUACAAUAUAGAGUGUGUCACAAUUAAAUAGAGGUCUACUACA